AUGGAGGGGACUUGCUUCGACUCAACGGGCAUGAAGCAGAGACGUACAGAAUCCCGACUGGUAAACAACGGCGACAGUCGCUUCGCGUCGUCGUUAGCCAGCUCCCUGCGCGACUGGACUUCGCAGCCGUUCACCAAGCUCCCGCAAUGGCUACAAGACAAUAAGUACCUGACGGCAGAGCAUCGCCCACCGAUGCACUCGUUUCUCGGCUGCUUCAAGAGCAUGUUCCGCAUGCACACGGAGACAUGGAACAUCUGGACCCACUUCUUGGGGUUAUCUUUCUUUGUUGCCCUCUGUCUGGGGAUCUAUGUCUACGGCGACUACAUCACGUUUCUGUUUGAGGACAUUGAGAUCUACCAACUCCCUCAACCACUCGUACAGUGUCUAUCGCCUCUUAUUCGGCUCGACUACUCUGGGAUCGCCAUUCUCAUCACAGGCUCUAGCAUCCCCGCCUACUAUUACGGAUUCUACUGCCACGCUCUGACCCAAUGUGUCCACAUAACGAUCCUCAUCCUCCUGUUUUCCGGGUGCAUCGUCAUCUCCCUGUGGAAGAAGUUUGGAACGCACGAGUACCGCCCUCUUCGUUUCGCAACCUUCCUUCUCUUCGGUCUCUACGGAUUUGUCCCGGGGACCCACGUGGUUCUCAGAGAUGGGUUCGAAGAUCAGCACACUGUGAACGCUAUUGCGGGGCUCCUCCUAAUGGGCGGGGUCUACAUACUCGGCGCUGGGUUUUACGUCUCUCGGUUUCCCGAGCGUCUCUUCCCUGGCAAGUUCAACACGUGGGCCAGCAGUCACCAGCUGUUUCACGUCUGCGUGGUCUGCGCAGCCCUCAUCCACUAUAACACUCUACUGGGUAUGAUAAAGUACCGUAUGAGCACAGAAUCAUGUGCCGCUGAGCAACUCUAA